UCGUACAACUCACUUGUCUAUUUGGUGUUUGGUAAGAAUAUUACCAGACUUGUCUGGGCUUUGUGCGUUAUACAGCAACCCAUAUUUACAUUGGAGCUACUUUGUCUCAGUUAAUCAGAGAAACAGACGUCAGAUCAAUUCGAAAAUAUGGAGGAAAAAAAGAAGCCUACGAAAACUGAAAAGUUGGCGCAGUUGCGUUCCGACUUCGCUAAGUUUCUCUACACAAAGGAAGGUGAUCAACCAGCGGGUUAUUAUGGGUCGUACUGCAAAAAGUUGGGCUAAGAUUAAUCUGUUUUUCCUGAUCUACUAUAUAUGCCUGGCUUCGUUUUUUGCCGCUAUGUUUGCCAUUGCUUAUUCAACUUGGCCAGACAUAAAGGAUGGGCCAAAAUAUAACUCGAUUCUUUAUAACAAACCACUACUUUUGGUGUUUCCUGAUGGGCGUAGUCCUUGGAAACAAUCUGAAAUUAAUAAUAUUAGAAAAAGCUAUGAUGAUUUUUUGCGUGGUUACAAUGACACAAAAUGUUAUUUAAAGGAUCCGUGCAAACCUGAUGAUACUUAUCGACCAGAGAAUGCAGAGAGACAAUGUGGUUUUGAUUAUAAUUCUUUGGGACCAUGUAGCCCUCGUUCAAAUUCCAACUAUGGAUAUGAUGACCAAAGACCAUGUUUAUAUCUUCGUUUGUCAAAGAUUUAUAAAUGGAGUCCAAAACCAAAAAGUGGCAAUUUUGUAGAAAUAAGUUGUGAACCUCAUAAGGAUAUUAAGUGUUAUCCCGAUUGCAAGAAAGCCUUUCCAAUAAGCUUCUGGCCAUUUCGAGGAGAAUCACAUUUCAGAACACCAAUUGUUGCAAUCCAGCUUUUCAAUCAUUCUGAAGCAGUAACAGUCAAAUGUAAGGCUGUGGCUCAAAAUAUUGAACUUAGUGACACAUACAAGCAUAGAAAAGGUGCUACUGGUAAAAUUGAGUUUCGUGUUGUAUCAAAAUCGAUUCUUUAUAACAAACCACAACUUUUGGUGUUUCCUGAUGGGCGUAGUCCUUGGAAACAAUCUGAAAUUAAUAAUAUUAGAAAAAGCUAUGAUGAUUUUUUGUAUGGUUACAAUGACACACAAUCUUAUUUAAAGGAUCCGUGCAAACCUGGUGAUACUUAUCGACCAGAGAAUGCAAAGAGACAAUGUGGUUUUGAUUUUACUUCUUUGGGACCAUGUAGCCCUCGUUCAAAUUCCAACUAUGGAUAUGAUGACAAAAGACCAUGUUUAUAUCUUCGUUUGUCAAAGAUUUAUAAAUGGAGUCCAAAACCAAAAACUGGCAAUUUUGUAGAAAUAAGUUGUGAACCUCAUAAGGAUAUUAAGUGUUAUCCCGAUUGCAAGAAAGCCUUUCCAAUAAGCUUCUGGCCAUUUCGAGGAGAAUCACAUUUCAGAACACCAAUUGUUGCAAUCCAGCUUUUCAAUCAUUCUGAAGAAGUAACAGUCAAAUGUAAGGCUGUGGCUCAAAAUAUUGAACUUAGUGACACAUACAAGCUGAGAAAAGGUGCUAUUGGUAAAAUUGAGUUUCGUGUUGUAUCAAAACCAUCAUCUUAAUCUGCCAUACUAAACUUUGACUAUUUUA